UUUUAAGCAGACAUAUGUAUUUGCUUAGCUAACGAAAUAUGUUUUAUAAUAUUUUGAAGAAAUAUUUAUUUAAUGUUUUAAAAAUCAUUCAGUAACCCGAAAAUUCUCUGGAUGUUCAGAAACUGAUUUUAUAGAAUUGCAAAUUAUACAUGAAUGCACUUCAGCAGCGAUAUAAGUUAAUGAGGGAAGGAAUAAUUGUUUUAUAUUAUGGAAGGCAGGAUUUUGAUUCUUGAAAAUCAUCGAGUAAAUCUGGGUGCAGAUGCAUUAGAUUUCAAUUUUGAAGAUGAUGAAGAAAAUUCUCCAGCAUCUGCAGGUGUACCAUUUAUGCACCAGCUUGGAAAUCCUUUACGACCUAAGGAUCUUCUUGUUGUUGAAGGUGUAAUAUUGAAAUAUGGGUUAAGAUUUACAAUUAACCUUCUAUAUGGCUUCAAUGAAAUUGCUUUCCAUCUGAACCCACGAUUAGAUCAAAACUAUAUUGCAAGAAAUACCUACCUGAAUGGAGUGUGGGGCGAUGAAGAAGGCUUUGGAUUAAUGAAAAGUCCUUUACUUAGUGGAAAGGGUUUUCAGAUUAUGGUUUUUGUUUCACAAGAUGCCUAUCUGGUCUGCGUAAAUGGCUGCCACAUGUUUUCAUUUUCCCAUAGGGUUCCACCAGAAAAAGUUGAGAAAAUUGAGAUUUUUGGAGAUAUUGAUUUGAAAGCAGCAUCAUUAAUAAGCUCAGAAGUCUAUCCAGAUUCUUCUAUAAUUAAACAUAAAAAGAACCAUGAAACUUUGCAUCUUCCUUUCUUUUACAACUUAGAAGAAGAUGUUAAACCUGGGUUUAAAAUAGAAAUAAAAGGAAAAAUAAAACUGUUGCCUGUGUCUUUCCGUGUCAAUCUACAGUCUAGUGAACAUGUUUUUCCUCAUCCACUUAUUCCCUAUCAUUUAAAUGUGCGAUAUGCACCAGAAUGUUAUGUAGUACAGAAUUCUUGGGGAUUUACUGGUAAUAAUUGGGAUGAAGAAAUCAGGUCACCUUUACCCCUUUCAUGGUCACCUGGUAAAGAUUGCGAAAUUGAUAUUUAUAUUUAUGACUCUUAUAUUCUCGUUAAAGGGGAGGAUUGGAGUUUACCAGUUUUUAAAUUGAGACUUGACAUGGACAGUGUCAAAUAUAUUUAUAUUCAAGGAGAUUUAACUAUGACAUUUUUUAAGAUAACAUCUUUCAGAAGAGAUGAAUGGGAUGAUAUCGCAGCUGAACAACUCAAGUAGUUACGUAAGCAGUAAUGUUUGAAGCAAUAAUAUAACAAUUGAAGGUAUCAGUUACCUUCCUCUUCCAAAACAUUACCCAAAGAUGUAGAUUAUAUUUUUAUUGCUUUUUAAUAAUAAGACUUCCUAUGAAAUUUUUUAAAAAAUUUAUAUAUUUAUAAAAUUUAAAUAUUGAUGAUGUGUUUUUUAUUUCUUUUUAAAAUUUAUAUUAUUGUUAGCUGUUACUUAUCCCUUUGAUAAUAAGUAUCUUUAUUAUUAUUGUUGUUUUGAUUUGUAAUAUAAACAUUUUAAUUAUUCAGACCAUGUUAUUACCUUUUCAUUAUU